UUUUUUUUUUAGGAACUUAUGUUCCAAGGGGUUUGGUCAUCAUAAAAUGUUGUACAUCACACAUACUUAAUCAACAAAUCUAGAUCCUUAUACUGUCCAUAACUCGUAAUUACCUCAUGCAUGUUUCGGUAGAAAUUCUUUAUAUUAUAUAUAUCAGCUUUCUCCUGAUCUCUCUGCUUGCACAACUCAAUUCUCUUAUCCAUAGAUUUAACACCCACGAAAGCAUAAUCAUCGAUGAUGCCUUCACAGAUAAUAAUAAGUAACAUCUCGAGUUCUGCAAGACUGAAGUAUGUCAAGCCAGGCUACCAGUUUCUUGCGAACCACUUUGUUGCCUGGAUCUCUGUUCCAAUCUUGGUUAUUCUAUUUAUUCAAGUACUUAGCAGGGGUAAUCUUGAGAUACUGGCCCUUUUGAACUCUUCUCACUAUGGUCACGUCCAAAUAUUGUUCUCUUCCUUUCUGGUCAUCUCCUUGUCAACCCUAUACAAUAAGUCCAAGCGGCGAACAAUUUACCUAGUCGAUUUUGCAUGUUACAAAGCGCCAGCUGAGCUCCGUGUUACGUUUGAUGCUUUCAUUGAACAUUCAAAGAUUAUAUUGAAGUCAGAACCCAAAAGUCUCGAAUUUCAACUGAAAGUUUUAGAGAGGGCAGGCCUCGGUGAAGAUACUUGUUUGCCAUCUGCAUUACAUCUACUCCCACCAGAUCCCACGCUGGAAGCUUGCAGGGAAGAAGCUGAGAUGGUUAUUUUCUCAGCUAUGGACUCAUUAUUCCUGAAGUCUGGACUCAGUCCCAAGGACAUAGACAUACUUGUCGUAAACUGCAGUUUUUGCCUUUCAAUUCCAUCACUAUCGUCCAUGGUGAUCAAUAAGUACCAAAUGAAGGACAGUGUAAAGAGCUUCAACAUUUUGGGAAUGGGCUGCAGUGCUAGCCUGAUAUCAGUAAGUUUAGUGCGUGACCUUCUACAAGUUCAUCCAAGUUACAAUGCUGUUGUGGUGAGUGCAGAACUCAUGACGACAAUUUUUUACCAAGGGAAAGAAAGAUCGAUGCUUGUUCCAAAUUGUUUGUUCCGGAUGGGUGGUGCAGCCAUUCUUUUAUCAACCAGAAGGACUUUUUGCAAUAUCAGGGCCAAGUACCGUCUUCUCCACCUAGUUCGGACUCACACAGCUGAUGAUGACACGUCCUAUAACUGUGUUCAGUUAAAAGAAGAUCUGGAGGGAAAUUUAGGGGCGUGGCUGUCAAAAGAGCUAAUGGCCGUAGCUGGAAAGGGCUUAAAACUGAAUUUGACAGCCCUUGGUCCUCUUGUUCUUCCUCCAUCCGAAAAAAUACUUUACUUUAUGAAUUUUAUUGCGAGAAAGAUAUCUAGCAGUAGGUGGAGACCUUAUAUACCAAAGUUCAAACAAGCAUUUGAGCACUUCUGCAUCCAUGCAGGAGGGCGUGCCGUGAUUGAUGGGGUGCAGGAUAGCUUGCAGCUGUCAGUGGAGCAAGUGGAGGCCUCAAGGUCGACACUGCAUCGCUUUGGCAACACGUCGUCAUCAUCAUUAUGGUACGAGAUGAGCUAUAUAGAGGCCAAGGGAAGGAUGAAGAAAGGUGAUAGAAUCUUGCAAAUAUCAUUUGGGAGCGGGUACAAGUGUAACAGCGCUGUGUGGGAAUGCGCUGAAACUGUCAAAAUCCCAACUGGUGACCCAUGGAGGGAUUGCAUUCAUAAGUAUCCGGCAUGUGUUCCUCAGCUGAUAAAAUCUGCAGAUCAAUAAUAUGUAGAUUUGACAAUUAAUUAAAGUACAGAAGAACUUGUAUGAAUAUUCGUACAUUCUACUCCAGUACUAAAUAUAUAACCACGGUAUUAUGUUAUUAUGAACAAUAAAUAGAAAUAAAACCCCAAUAAAGCUAAUU